AUGCAUGACAUCCAUGAUUUUGAUACAAUAGAUGUGGAGCUGGAUGCGUACUUCAAAAAGAAACAAGCUUCCCGAUGCAAAGACGAAUUUCUCAAUAUUCUAUGUGAAGAAGACGAUUACGAGGCAGUAGAUGAUGCUCAAACUGAAAAUCAUGCUCAAACUGAAAAUGAUGCUCAAACUAGAAACGAUUCUCAAACUGGAAUCACUAAAGAAGAAUCAGAUGAAGAUUAUCUAGAACGUAGUAACGAGGAAGAUAGUGAUGAGGAAUUUGAGUAUUCCACCCACAAUCCAAACGUGAAAUGGAACAAAAUGAGACCAACGCUUGGUGAAAGAAGUUGGUAUGCAGUUCCAAGUGGAGUGAAUGAAUAUGAAGUAAGGAAUGGGUUUCAAAACUAUGGAGUUAACUUGAAGGAAAAAAUGUGUGCUUGUAGAUUAUGGGAACUUUCAGGAAUACCUUGUGUGCAUGCACAAGUGGCAAUAUUGUACACCAAUCAAGAUCCACUUAACUUUAUAAGUAGUUGGUUCAGCAAGAAUAAUUACAAGGCAACUUAUGAUCAGAAUAUACACCCAGUCAAUGGAAAAUUACAACAAAUUGAAGGUCUUGGAUUGAGUGAAGCAGAAUUACAACAAAUUGAAGGUCUUGGAUUGAGUGAAGCAGAAGUACAACAAAUUGAAGAUGCGGAUGUUGCUAUGUCACAAGAUAUUGGAAUUGGUAGCCAAAUAACAGUUGAAGAUCUCCCUACAACUCAAGCACUUGGAGAUGAGGAAAUGAUGAAUGAGGAGGAUGGCAUAGAUGAGGCAGGGAUGGACAUCUGCACCAUCUUCCUCGAAGCCGCGUCAAUCACCUUUUCGUUACUUCUACUGCAACUGCUUCAAACGUUGUUGUCGUUGUUUCUGCUGUUUCUACUCUUACCCUUAAGCUUUAAAUCAGCUUGUGGGUACAAUUUAUUGUGCAAGCAGAAGCAGUUCAAUGAUUGA